AUGAAUGAAAGUGAACGAAAUAUGCUUGGUUUAUUGGAAAAAAAUGAUGGUGAUGAUGAUACAAUUAAAAUGAAUAAUUUAUUCGAUGAAAAUAAAAAUGAAGAAAAUACGGGCGAAGAUAAAAAUGAUAUAAAAAUGGACGAUAAUGAUGACGAUGAUGAUGAUGAUGAUGCCGAUUUGAAAAUAGAUUUUCAUACAAAAACUAUAUUUUGCAUUGAUUGUUUCCAUGACAGAUGGUUGGUAACCGGUGGAGAAGAUAAACGUGCAUUGCUUUAUGAUCUCGAUAUUUAUGAUAUUGAACCGACAUACUGUGUGACUGGUCAUGUCGAUUCAGUUAUAUUUGUCCGUUUUAAUUCUUCAGGAAUAUUUCUUGCAUCAGGGGAUUUGUCUGGAAAAAUUAUACUUACGGAUAUUUGCCGGUUAAGUAAUAUUUGUGAAAUUAAUGAAUGCAGUAGACUGGAUUGGCUUGAGUGGCAUAAUGAGGCGGAUUUGCUUUUCGCAGGUGCUGGAAAUGGUAUAAUUUGGGUGUUCUGCGUUAGUCACAUCGGUGUUUCAACUGUCAAGGUUUUUGCUGAGGGAUCGGGAAGUUCUGGAAGCACUGGAAAAGUUUUGGGAGAUGGCCACAGAUUACUAGCUGCAUUUUCUGAUGGAACGAUUCGUUUAUGGUCAUUAUUAGAUCAAAAAUCUAGUGCUAUUUCAAUUGGCAUACUGAGCAGUUGCGUUGAUGCCCAUAAGUUAUUCCCGCUUGCUGCUAUCGGUGGACGUGACGGAAAAUGUGUUAUUAUUAACACUCUUAAAGACAAGAUUGUGAGGCUUAUUGAAGUUUCAGAAGUUGUUGGAAAGAAUGAAAAAAUUGGCAAUUUUGAUCUGGAAAGUGAUGAAAGUAAAUCAAAUUCAGUGGAAUGCGUUCGAUUUUCUGAUUUUAAAGACAAAUGGUUGGCUAUUGGUACCAGUGGCGGCAUAUUAAUUAUAUAUGAUAUCAAUACAGGUUGCAUUCGUCAUAAAUGUGAUCAUGGAGGCCAGGCUCUUAUAGCAUGUCGUUGGUUUUAUACUACUGACGGCAAUCGUUGUGUAAUUACUGCUAGUUUAAAUGGAGUUAUACGUAUUUGGGAUGCAAAAACUGGCGAAAAAGCUUUUUUUGUUUCAGUUAUUUUAACAUUAUUGCAAUUAUUCAUAAGGACGGAUUUGUAUUUGCCUGGUAUGCUGCUUGAUAUCUCAUUAAAAUUUUUUUCCCCUGGUGCUACAAUUCCUAACCAAUUCAUGCUCAUUGUUCUCUAUUUUCCCGCGCCAGAUUUGAUAAGGGAAAAUGAAGGAAGUUUAUCAUGGUUUAAUGGAACAUUAAGCGGACAUAAUGGAAUAUUUCAAAGGAUGUUGAAGGGUGCAAGAAGCCUCGGAAGAGUUAUUGCUGAGGAAUUACAUGGUGGUGGCGAAGAAAUAUUUGAUAUGGCUUUUUCUUUCUCCUCUCGUCGUAUAUUCACAGUUUCAAUUAAGGGUUUUUUACGCAUAUAUGAUCUUCCAUCUCAGGUAUUUCGUGGUUUCAUGUUAUAA